AUGGAUGAAAUGGAUAUCAUUCAAUAUGACCACUUCACAAUGUCUUACGUUGAAGCAAUUUGCAAGUCUAAGAAACCCAGCCUUUUCAUGGGGAACUCUGCCUUCAUUGAUGGAGAAUGGACCAUCAAGGACAAGACUUUUGAUGUCUAUGAUGGGUCUCCAUUCUUAAAAAUGAUAUAA